AUGAAGCUGUUCGGUUUUUCAGUGACGGCUGGAGCUGGUGAGGGAAACGUGCGAGACGCGGCUGCGGCACGUGCGAACAAGGACGAGAAGAGAUUUGAGUGCCAGUUCUGCGGCCGCGACUUCGCCAACUCCCAAGCCCUCGGCGGCCACCAAAACGCCCACAAGCGCGAGCGCCACCUCGCCAAACAACUCCGCUUCGACUCCAAUAACCACCGCCGCCAACAAAACAAACACCCACGUUUUCUCUCCUCCACCCUCCCGCCCGCCGCCCCGCCGCCGCUCGCCGACGAAAUGUACGGAGAUAACGGCGUUGAUCUCCACCUCACUUUGGCACCCUCCUCCGGGAUCUUCUGUUAA